UACCGAGAGACCUUAAGUAACGAGCUAAACUGAAUUACUUAGUGUGUAACAAUUCAGUAACUUGACUUCCUAGUUUAUUAGCCUGCAAAUCAAUUGACAGUUGCUGAAAAUUCUUUGGUGAACUAUUACAAACAUGGAUUUAGAACGUAGAAUACCAUGUCAAAGAAUGAAUUUCAUCAAAGAAUUGAUGCCAUUAAGCAGACAUAUUGAAUCUCCAAUCUCCAAAAAGGUGCUUGCUGUUUUUGACGCGGCUUUACAAAAGGAAAGUGCUGAGGUUCAAAAUGAAGAAAGCCUACUAGAUCGUGUGAGUUUUCACAUAAAUCAAGCAAAAGAAUACGACUUAAUCAAAGCUAGUAACCUCGACAAUCCUGAGAACUGUGAGAUGCUGAAGAAUACCAAAUCAGAAAUAAACGAUUCUUCGGAACAUAAUAUAAAUGAAGAGUUCAAGAAUAAUGUUCGAAAUUUUUUACAUUUUAUAUCAUCACAACCUUUAAUUAAUCAAGUACUAUUUGGAUUUUUAUUAAAUAAUAAUGAACAAUUAUGUAAUAAAUGGAAAUUACCAGAAACAAUUACUAAUCAUAUAACUAAUGUUAAAUGGAUUCAAUUACCACAAUUUUCUCAAAAUAAUAAAACAAAAUUAAUAGAAUAUUUAAUACAUUUAAGAAUAUUAUUAUUAAUAAAAUUAUUAACUACACCAGAAGAUAAAAAACGUAAAAAAUUAUACAUAAAAGAACUUGAAACUAGAGAUCAAGAAUGUCAAAUAAAAUUAACUGAACUUAUUAAAGAAUUAGAUAUACAAAUAUGUCAGAAUAAUACAGAAACUAGGAAAAUUGGUUAUACUGUUUCAAAACUUAAAAAUGAAAUUGAUAAUCUUGAAAAAUAUUUAACUGAACGAAAAAAGCAAAUUAACACUGAAGAAGCGAAAAAGAUAACAGAAAUUACAAAACAAAACAAUGAAAAUGAAAAUAAUUUAAGUAAAGAAAUGAAAAGUCAAGAAAUACUACUUGAAAAGUUGAUUGAGACUAAUCGUUCUGAAGAGGAAACGAUUCGAGCAACUAUUUAUAAAAUGGAAAGUGAUAUUGAGUCGAAGAUUUCUAAAUAUGAUCAAGAAAUGACAGUCUUACAGGAUGAAUAUGAUACCCUGGAAGCGGAGUAUACAGAGGAGAAAAACGCUUACGAUGAAUUAAAUGAACGUUUUCAGAUUAUAAAUGAAGAGUAUCAAAAGAUAAUGGAAGAACGUAGGCUAGAGGAUGAAAGACGACAAAGAGAGGAAGAACAAAGACACCAAAUGGAACAAGCCGUUAUAACAAUACAAGCAUUUUGGAGGUCAUAUAAAACAAGAAAACUGGCACGUGGAAGAAAAGGAGGUAGUAGAAAAGCGAAGAAGAAGUAA